CUUGGGUUGGUAGCUUCUCUCCCCCACUCUCCUCAUUCGGUCUUCCCUCCUGGCGCUCCCAAAUCCAAAGGGGGUGUGAAGGAGGAGGAGGAGCAGAGCGGCCCUUUGCCGUGACGUGCCAGAAUGGUCCUUCUCUAAUUCGCACCUCCCGGUUGCAGUCAGUCAGCCAGGAGGCACCAAACUGUUAGCAACGAAGCCCAGGCUCUGGGUGACUUCCACUACCCUCCCACUUCCUUACUCCAGGCAUAUUUCGGAGGCGCUGGCGACGGUGACAAGAUGUGAGAGGAGCGCGGGGCUUACUCCCCGCACUCCGCUCCUUGAGGGCUGGGGCAAGUGGCUUCUGCGCACCGACCUGAGGACUACGGGAAGCGCUGAAGAGGCGCGGAAGGCAGGAGGGCGAGCGGGGGUUCAUGCGGGCUGCCAGCACCGCAGCCGAGGGCUGAGCCGGUGGCUCCGCUGCCUUCUGGAGCUUGCGUCCCCCACGAGCGGUGGUUGCGCCACCGGCUGAGGCACCCCGCGUCCUGGCGUCCCGUGAGGCGCGCACCGUUUGGUUUGGACGAGGUGCGGCUGGAAAGAGGCUGCACCAAAGCGAAGUCGCUCCGAAGAAUCUUGGAGGCGGGCACCUUCAAGAAUCCAGUCUCUGAGCUGAGAGGUGGUAACUGCCAUUCUAACUAAAGGGCCUAAUGAUCUAGGAACCCUCCUGUAUCCUGUUCCCUCUCAGGUUUCCCCCAAAGUCCACGGAAGCAUCACCGAACUCCAGGAAGCUUCCGAACUUCCCUGGCAUCCUCGUUGGCUAAGGACUGGGAGUGGAGAGAACCUGGUGGGAGACUGUGCCCGCGGCUUGGGAGACACAGUCUUCCAAACGCCUUCUUCAUCCCACUCAUCUUUGGGCAGCUUUACUGACCACCCUGGAAACCUGCGCUCUUCUUUCUGGACUCCGCUCUCCAUCUCACCCUAGACAUGGAACUACACGCCUGAGACCUGCUGGACCUUGCUGGUGGUUUUGCAAGACUCGGCUGCCAAAGAACGUGAACAAUGAAGCUGCCACUUCUUCUGGCCCUGGUGGUCUGUUCUACAGUCAGUACAAAUUUGAAGAUGGUAUCAAAAAGAAAUUCUGUGGAUGGCUGCAUUGACUGGUCAGUGGAUCUCAAGACGUACAUGGCUUUGGCAGGCGAACCUGUCAGAGUGAAAUGUGCCCUUUUCUACAGUUACAUUCGCACCAAUUAUAGCAUGGCCCAGAGUACUGGGCUCAGACUCAUGUGGUACAAAAACAAAGGUGAUUUGGAAGAGCCUAUCAUCUUUUCGGAGGUCAGGAUGAGCAAAGAGGAAGAUUCAAUAUGGUUUCACUCAGCUGAGGCACAAGACAGUGGAUUCUACACUUGUGUUUUAAGAAACUCCACAUACUGCAUGAAGGUGUCAAUGUCCUUGACUGUUGCUGAGAAUGAAUCAGGCCUCUGCUACAAUAGCAGAAUCCGCUACUUAGAGAAAUCUGAAGUUACUAAAAGAAAGGAAAUCUCCUGCCCAGACAUGGAUGACUUUAAGAAGUCUGAUCAGGAACCUGAUGUUGUAUGGUACAAGGAAUGCAAGCCAAAAAUGUGGAGAAGCAUCAUAAUACAAAAAGGAAAUGCUCUUCUCAUUCAGGAAGUUCAAGAAGAAGAUGGUGGAAAUUACACAUGUGAACUUAAAUAUGAAGGAAAACUUGUAAGACGAACAACAGAACUGAAAGUUACAGCUUUGCUCACAGACAAGCCUCCCAAGCCAUUGUUCCCCAUGGAAAAUCAGCCAAGUGUUAUAGAUGUCCAGCUGGGUAAACCUCUGAACAUCCCUUGCAAAGCAUUCUUUGGAUUCAGUGGAGAAUCUGGACCAAUGAUCUAUUGGAUGAAAGGCGAGAAGUUUAUUGAAGAACUGGCAGGUCACAUUAGAGAAGGUGAAAUAAGGCUCCUCAAAGAGCAUCUUGGAGAAAAAGAAGUUGAAUUGACACUCAUCUUUGACUCAGUGGUGGAAGCUGACUUGGCUAAUUAUACCUGCCAUGUGGAAAACAGAAAUGGACGGAAACACGCCAGUGUUCUACUACGUAAAAAGGAUUUAAUAUACAAAAUUGAGCUUGCGGGGGGCCUGGGAGCAAUCUUCCUCCUGCUUAUACUGCUGGUGGUGGUCUACAAAUGCUACAACAUAGAACUGAUGCUCUUCUACCGACAGCGUUUUGGAGGUGAUGAAACUACCGAUGACAACAAAGAAUAUGAUGCCUAUCUCUCUUACACAAAAGUGGAUCAAGAUACUUUGGACUGUGACAAUACUGAGGAAGAGCAGUUUGCUCUUGAAAUACUGCCAGAUGUCCUAGAAAAACACUAUGGAUAUAAACUCUUUAUCCCAGAAAGAGAUCUGAUUCCAAGUGGAACAUACAUUGAAGAUCUCACAAGAUGUGUUGAACAAAGCAGAAGACUUAUUAUCGUGCUAACUCCAGACUAUAUUCUCAGACGGGGAUGGAGUAUUUUCGAACUGGAAAGCAGACUCCAUAACAUGCUAGUCAGUGGAGAAAUCAAAGUGAUUUUAAUUGAGUGUACAGAAUUAAAAGGGAAGGUGAAUUGCCAGGAAGUGGAAUCAUUAAAGCACAACAUCAAACUUCUAUCACUGAUCAAGUGGAAGGGACCCAAAAGCAGCAAAUUAAAUUCCAAGUUUUGGAAGCACUUAGUGUAUGAAAUGCCCAUCAAGAAAAAAGAAAUGCUAUCCCAUUGCCAUGUUCUAGACUCUGCAGAACAGGGGCUUUUUGGAGAACUUCAGCCUAUACCUUCAAUUGCCAUGACAAGUACAUCAGCCACAAUGGUGCCAUCGCAAGCUGAUCUCCCUGAUUUCCACCAUUCAGAUUCAAUGCAAAUGAGGCACUGUUGCAGAGGAUACAAACACGAGAUGCCAACCAACACCCUGUCAGUACCUUCCUUAGGCAACCACCACACUUACUGUAACUUGCCACUGACACUCCUCAACGGACAACUACCACUUAAUAAUUCCCUGAAAGAGACUGAGGAAUUUUCAAGAAACAAUUCCCUACUGCCGUUAUCAUCCAAAGAGCUUAGCUUCACCAGUGAUAUUUGGUAGUGAGAAAAAAAAAUCUCAAUUCCUCUGAACAUCUACAUGAGAAUAUGGAAUUUCUGUUAUACUGAGCAUAAAUUACACCUAAAAACAUUGAGGUGCUGAAAAUGUGAAGAAAAAGGCACAAAAAAUCAUGUUUAUACUUAAAUAUUUUUGUUUACAUUUAUAGAGUAGUGGGGGAAUAGAAGGUCUUGCUUUUGUAGUAUGGCAUCUUGUCCCAAUGUACAGUUUUGAUUUUUUUCCUAAAAAGAAAAAAAAUUGAAUUGUGUCCUUUUCAAGGAAGUUUUAUGGCACCACAAGGACUGCCCAUAUUUAAGAAUUCAGCAUUUAAACAUAUUUUUCAAAAAAAAGGAAAUCCUAGAGACUCAAUGAACUUGAAAAUUAUGAGUGAAUGUUUAAGUGAAAGGAGAACUUUUAUAGAAUAACUGAAAACAGUUGGGAAUUACAAAGGAAAAAAAUUGAUACAGCUAAUUGGAAGAUUGUUCAGGAAGAUCAGUUGAGAAAAUAGUAUGAUUGAAACAUUUACAUCUUCUUCAACAUAAUGGACAACUUCUGUAGACUAAAUCAACAGCCUGUAAUAACAGCUUUUAGUUCUAUUAGACAAGCACAACAACUGUAGCCACACUGGUAGGUAGGGAAACUAUGUGCAUUCCUUAAGCAAACGAAUAGACAACUCUAAGCUCUUUAAAGAUGAUUUUUAGUAAGCCUUAUGACUUUCUGGAUCAUUAAAAAAACAUUUUACUACUUUGAAAAUGCAUCUUAAAGUGCACAUUUUAUUGUUUUCUAAAACAUUCCUAUUUAAAUGUUUUCUUCCCAAACACUCUUGUGAUCCUCUCGAAGAUUUAUGUGAAGAUGUAGACAUUGUCCUACUUGUUUUUCAGCCUCACUGCAAGUUGAACUUAAAUUCAUAUUGACUGCAAAUGUCUGCAGUUAGAAAGAAGUAAUGACACUAUUCAGAAAUGAAGUGCUAAGCGACUCGAGUUUACUAGUAAUAGAGCAGCAACUGCAGACUUUUCAUUUGCAACGUAGUUGUGAAAUAGACUAUUCUGUACAUACAACGAGUCUGUUCCUGCAGAAGUAUCUGUAUUCCCAGUGCUUCAGAGAAUAUAUUUGAUAGAUUAAACUUGUCUACUCUCAUGCAGUGACUGUGACUGUACCAUAUGAGAACGUCUUUGUCAAUAGCCUAUCUCCUAUUGGCUAUAAGAAAUGUACUCCUAUUCUAGCAUUUGUUAUGGAUUACGACUUUCCAUCACUUACGAUUAGUUUGGUGUGCUCUCCAACUUGAUACCUGUGGGGGUCAAUUUCAUAAAUGCUUAUCAAAGUUGAUUCAGAAAUUUUGCAAAUGGUUCAUACAUAAAGUUCUUGAACAAUUAUAAACAAGGACAAUGUACACAAUGUGUAAAAAUUAAGACUUUGUUUACCCCCUUGUGAUUGUGAGAUCCCAAAGUAGAAGCAAACAUAAGAAAAUAUUCUUUGAUGAUCUGUCUCUAAUCUCUUUCCGUGGUUGGUUCCCUGUAAUCCAUCUAUUCUGUGAAAGUACCUGUUUCUCUAUUGCUUUUCUAUAUCUAACUGUUCAGAAAAUGCAUUAUGCACCAAACUGAGUGAAAUUUUCACAGUGAUACACGUUCAUUUCACAGGGAGACAAUUAAUUUCCCCUUUGAAAAGUCCUGUUCAAUAUAUGUAGGUAUUUCAUAGAUGUAUUUUUUUCCACCAAGAAUGGAAACUUCUGUUAAAACUAUAGGUAUUUCAAAAUGAAAAUGUAUCAAUUCUGAAGUGUUUUUCCAGUGUUAUAAAGUUGUAUUUACUCUGGGUGUUCCUUAAUGCUAUGUGUAAUGACUAAAUUAAUAAUCUGCAUGAAAUGAGUGCUACAUGUUUUAAGUGGACAAUUGUACUUUAUACUAUUUUAUUUUUCACAGAAAUCUAGAUUAAUUCAAAUAGAAUGUUCAGUCGUAUUUUUAAACUAAUAGUUCUGUAUUGAGCAUGCCAGUUCUGAAAAUAUAACAUGGGCCUCUCUGCUUCCUUUAUUUACAAUGAUUAAACGUGGGUAGCAAUUUGAGUUGGCUGGCCACAAUGUGUCCUUUCACUGCUUGUAGGUACUCAGAAACAGAGCAUUCACACUUGUGCUGGGGAACUUGACAAGAAACCUUUUCUACCAUUUUCAGGAACUAAUGUGUACACUAUCUAUAAAAAUUUAUUUCUAGAUGGCAAUUCAAAAUUUAAUUUUCAUCUGAGAUUUUUUUUGAAGAUACAGCCCAUAGGGUAUAAUAAGUAGUCUAGAACACAGUGUAUGCUUCCAGUUGUUUUUACAGUGAAACUUUUUUUCCCCUUUUUAACUUUUCACUGAAUUUUGGAAAUCUAGGAAACCAUGGUUACAACUAUGUCCUUACACAUUCAAAACAAAUUUAUUAUUAUGUUAUUGUAUGCAAAAAUACAUUUGCAAACUGAAUUUUAAAGGCGAAGCAUUCUGAAAACCAAAAUGAAAGAAUAUAAAAAGAAUGAUAAUAUGUACAAAUCAAAACAUUCCAUUGAGCAUAAACAAUGCGCAAGGAUAUGGACAACAUGUUCUUGGUGGGUUUGAUAAGUAUGGUCCCUGAUCUAACCAGAAAAAUAAUGCUGCUGUGUACUUUCUGAAAAGCAUAUAACAUUCACCACUGCUUCUAAACUUUAAUUGAAUUAGAGCCAAAUCUGUCCUAAUUUCAAGAAUUCCUUCAAAACUAUGACACAGAGACUCCAUGUAACAUCAUGUAAAAGGAAGAUGUUUUGGUUGUGGAUUGAAUGAUAAUAUUGUGCAGUUUAAAGCUGCUAGAAGGAUGCAGUGAGAAGUGAGCACAGUUCAGUUGUGAAGACACAUUUAUACGACUUCAUUAUGUGCUGAAAUGGAAAUGAAUAGUAACCAAAUGAUUACAAUGUAAUCAGUUAGAAAAUGAUAAGCUAAAACAAAAAGAAUAUUCUGACAAGAAUAGGGAGGAAAAGCUUCGACAACUGUAGUAUUUAUAGGACUUACAAGAGGAUAGAAUCACGGGUCUAAAGCCUCUGCUGUCUUUUGACAUUUUAUUUUUAAAUAAGCUAACACACAGGUUGAGGAAAUGGCUUCACUUUGGGGGUUGGGGAGGCAUUUGUUCUGAAAGUAUGAAGACCUGAGUUCAAGUCCCCAGCACCUAUGAAAAAUCCUGACCAUGGAUGCACAGGAACACUCAUCAUUGGAGGAUAGAGAGAUGAAAAUUCUGAGACCUAGCUGGUCCUGAAGCCUAGCUGGAAGGUAAGUUUUGGUUCAAUAAGAGACACUGUCUCAAGGCAAGAAGUUGGAAAAGUUGCAGAAGACACCAAACAUCCUGUUCUGGCAUGUACACUUGCAAAUU